AUGUCCUCUCGCUGGAAAGGCCGAAGCGCGGGGAGCCUGUGUCAGGCCCAGGCCCGCCCCACGCAGCCCGGCACAUGGAGAAACCGGUGCGCGAAGGGAAGGGGAGACCCUGCAGGGACGCUGGUGCCGCUUCGGAGGCAGGUGUGGGGAGGGAGAAGGCGGGGAGUCGUUCCCGGUCCACGCAAGGACGGACCAGAUGGAGAGUGUAUUUUGGAACCUCUGUCUUUGCCAGAAAGUCCAGGUGGUGUUGUUGCUGUAGAAAGUUCUCCAUCUGCGCCUUGCAUUUUUUGUGAAGAAUAUUAUCCUUUAUCAGAACAAGACCAACUUUUGAAGCACAUGAUUAUUGAACACAAGCUUGUCAUAGCGGAUGUCAGGCUGGUUGCAGAUUUUGAAAGGUACGUUUUGUAUUGGAAGAAGAGAUUCACAGAGCAGCCCAUCACCAACUUCUGUAGUGUGAUAAGAACAAAUUCAGAAGCUCCAUUAGAGGAACAGGACAAUUAUUUUCUUUUAUGUGACGUUUUACCAGAAGACCGAUUACUAAGAGAACAGCUGCAGCAAAAGAGACUGAGAGAAAUUCUGGAGCAGCAACAGCGGGAGAGAUAUGAUGCAACCUUUCAUAGUACAUGCAUGUUCUGUGACACAGAAUUCACAGGAAAUAGGUCUGUCCUUUUCAAUCACAUGGCAAGAGAGCAUGCUUUUAAUGUUGGGCUACCAGAUAACAUUGUAAACUGUAAUGAAUUUUUGGCUGUCUUGCAAAAGAAGCUUGACAGUUUGCAGUGUUUAUAUUGUGAGAGAACCUUCAGAGACAAAAACACACUUAAAGAUCACAUGAGAAAGAAGCAGCAUCGCAAAAUCAAUGCCAAAAAUAGGGAAUAUGACAGAUUUUAUAUCAUUAAUUACUUGGAAUUUGGGAAAUCCUGGGAAGAAGUUCAGUCAGAGGACGAUCGAGACUUCCUAGAUAACCCAGAAGAAGACUGGUCUGACUGGGAAGAGCAUCCCGUGCAUGCUGUUUGUCUAUUUUGUGAACAGCAAGUGGACACCACAGAAAAAUUACAUCUCCACAUGCAAGAAGCACAUGGAUUUGACCUUCUUAAAAUAAAAUCAGAGAAUGGUUUAAAGUUUUAUCAGCAAGUGAAGUUGGUGAACUUCAUCAGAAGGGAAAUCCACCAGAGUCGCUGCUACAGCUGCCAGGAGAAAUUUCAGUCUAAGAUUGAAUUAAUAAGCCAUAUGGAAGAGACCAAACACAUUACAUUCCUGCCAGCCAGAUCUACGUGGGAUCAACCACAGUAUUAUUUUCCUACCUAUGAAAAUGACACGCUUCUGUGUGCACUGUCAGACAGUGAAGAUGAACUGACAGCUGAGAACCAAAAAGAAGAAAUCCCUGUCAUUAGUGAAGAUAUUUCCAGCCUGAAGGCUCUGAAACAGAGUAGCAUUUUAAACCAGGUGCUGUGUGAAGAGAACAGCAAUUAAGGGAAGCUUUGACAUUUGAGAAAGACAUUUACUAAUCUGCAGGCAUUUUACCUGCAAGGCAAAAAUCGUUGGAUUGCACCUAACAUACUAGUGCAGUUUAACUCACGACAGUUACAGACUGAUUUUUAAAUGAAUGGGAAUAUCAAAUAAAGAAAAAUUACAUGUAAACUUAUACUUUUUCUUGAUUGUUGCUACUUUGCUUUUAAAUGUGUGUGGUAUUUAUCCAUUUAGGUCUCAGAAGCCUAUUUUCAUGUUUUUGUAUGUAGUUUUUCUUUUUUUUGUGAACAUCUAUCACAACUGUUUUAUUUUAAGCUAGACAUGGACCCCUGAGAGAACCCAGCUUGCCAUAUGAAAGACUGAAUUCUCUUUUAUAUAUGGCUGCUGGAAACCAGAUGGGAAGCAACUUGACUUCAGUAUGUAUUCUAGUCUUUCAAAUGGAUUCACAGAUUUUAACUUUAGGUCUUGAAAAUGAACACAGACCUAUAUCUCCCUAAUCUGUAUUCCUACUACAUCUUAUUGGCCCUUUGCAAUCUUGGGCUUCGAAUCUAACAGCUGCCCUAUGUAAGCAGACACCUGUGCCUGCCCCAGCACCUUUAAUAGGGUUUUAUUUGGCCCUGUCAUCUGCUAAUGUGUGGCAUUUGGCAGAAUGAGAACCUCGGUGUAAACCUGUAAUGAAUGCUAUUUUGUUUGUUCCUAGGACUCUCAAGAAUUAAAAGUAUUAGCCUCUUCAGUCUGAGCUGAGUUACUGAGUUUUGUAGCUGGGAGCUAUGACAGACUUGCACCCAUCCUCUAGAUCUGAGCACCAGGGAUGAACAGUGCAUUACAUUCAGGAUUUGAAGGAUCUUCCACAGUUGGCGUUGAUGGUACUUUUCUAUUGACUUGAGGUGUUUCCUGUAUGCUGUCCACAUCUCCACUCCAUACAGUUAGGCGGGGAUCACAACUGCUUGAUAAACCCUAAGCUUGGUUUCGGAGCUCAUGUCAUGAUCUUUGAACGCCCAUUUCCGCGAGCAUCCAAAGGCUGCACUUGCACAUUUAAGGCAAUGUUGGAUUUCUUUGUCAAUGUCAGCCUUCUGUGAGAGAUGGCUUCCAAGGUACAGGAAAUACUCAAUAUUUCACCUGUUCCUGGAAAAGUGGUAGGGACAGGAAUAAAAAAUAAAAGGAUUGUUCAGCACAUGAAUGAACAUGACUUGCCAGGGAGGAAACAGUGUGGUUUAGUCAAAGAGAAAUCAUGCCUUGCCAACAUAGUAGAGUUCUUUAAUGGUGUUAAUAGGCAGGUGGAUCAGGGUGAUCCAGCUUGCAUAGAGUAUCUGGACUUCGAAAAGCUUAUGACAAAAUCCCCCAUCGGAGGCUCUUAAUUAAGUUACAUAGUCAUGGGAUUACAGGGAACAUCCCAUCAUGGAUUAGAAAUUGGUUUAAAGAUAAAAAAAACAAAGAGUGAAUGUAAGUGGUCAGUUUUCAAGCUGUAAAGUAAGCAGUAGGGUGUUGCAACCAGUACUAUUAACUUAUUCAUAAAUGAUCUGGAAAAGGGAAUGAGUAGGAAAGUGACCAAAUUUGUAGAUGACAAAAUUAUUCAAUGGUAAAGACCAGUGCAGACUGAGGAACUGCAGAACAAUUUUGCACUACUGAGGGAAUGGGCAACUAAAUGGCAGAUGAAAUUCAAUGAAGAUAAAUGUAAAGGAAUAGAUCUGGGCAAAAAUAACCCAAGCUAUACCUACAGUAUAAUAGGCUCUACUUUAGCUGUUACCACACAGGAAAUAGAUUUGGGAGUCAUUGUGGACUGUUGGCUAAAAACAUCAGUUCAAUGCUCAGCAGCUAUCAAAAAGUCAAAUAAAAUGUUAGGAAUUAUUAAGAAGGGAAUAGUAAACAAAGCAGAAAGUAUCAUUAUGUCCCUUUUAUAAAUCCAUGUUGAGUACACACUCUGAAUAUUGUGUCCAGUUUUGGUCCCCACACCUCAAGAAGAACUUCAAGAACUUGAAAGGGUAACAAAGAUGGUUAGUGGUAUGGAGGGCCUUCCAUUUGAGGAGAGACGGAAGAGGGCCAGGCCUAUUCAGUUUAGGAAAGAGACACUUAAGGAGGGGACAUAAGGGUUGACAGAAUACUACAUGCAAAGAGAAAAUAAAUAGGAAUUUAUUAUUUACUAUCUCUCACACUACAGGAACUAAGGGCCAUAAAAUGAAACUAGUAGGUAGUAAGUUUAAAAUUAACAAAAGGAAGUUCUUUUUUACACAAUGUAUAAUUAAAGUGUGGAACUCAUUGCCAAAAAGUAUUAUGAAAACUGAAAGUUUAACCAGAUGUGAAAAGGGAAUGGACAAAUUCUUGGAGGAAAGAUGCAUUAGCAGCUAUUGAGCAUGGGAGUUAGGAAUACAACCUUUGAAUUGGAACUUCCUAGAUCUUAAAUGUUGCAGGCUGCAAGAGGAAGAGGAAUAGGGGAAAAACCCAAGUCGUACCCUGUUCAUUCUCCCUUUUAGCAUCCCCUCCCUCUCCUGCCACUGUGUGACACGGGGUACUCGGCAAGAUAGACCUAUGGUAAAUUGCAUUCUUUUGUUUUUAUUGUUAGGGUAGCUUGUCAUAUUUUACGCUUUAAAGUUGCACCUGUUUAUAGAGUGGUGAAUUAUAGCAUUGUCUAAAAUUUUCUUUAUAAUCAACCUAAAGUUUUAUAUAGCCUCAUUGGGUGCGUCCACACGAGCGCAUACAUGCCUUUUGCCCCACCUCAAACCCCUUUGACGUGGGGCAACAGGCAUGUGCGGGAACAAAAAAAAAUGUUCCCUGCACUGCAAGUUUGGAUAUUCCAUUUUUUUUCUGUUCUUUUUCUGUUUU